AUGACACCUGUCAAUCACACUGACGUGCAUGAGUUCAUUCUCUUGGGGCUGACCACCCACCCGGAUCUGCAGGUCCCCCUUUUCCUGGUUUUCCUGUCCGUGUACACAGUGACACUCCUGGGGAACUUUGGGCUGAUUGCAUUAAUCAGGACCGACCUUCGUCUUCACACCCCCAUGUACUAUUUCCUCGGCCACUUAGCUUUUGUUGACAUCUGCUACUCCUCCAUCAUCCUCCCCAAAAUGCUGGUACAGAUGCUGAUGGAGGACAAAACAAUUAGCUUCUCGGAGUGUGCAGCCCAGCUGUGUUUCUUCGUUGUUUUUGGGAUCACUGAGUGCCUCUUGCUGGCUGUGAUGGCCUACGACCGGUACGUGGCCAUCUGCAAGCCCCUCCUGUACCCCACCAUCAUGUGCAGAGUGACGUGCCACUGGCUCGUGGCUGCUUCCUACACCAUCAGCGUCGUGCAUGCAGUGACGCAUACCACUUUCAUCUUUACAUCCUCCUUCUGCCGGACCUAUGUCAUCAAUCACUACUUCUGCGACAUCGCCCCGCUCCUUGCUCUCUCCUGCUCCGACACCCACACCUAUGAGCUGGUUGUCCUCGCUCUCGUCAGCAUAAACUGUCUCAGCACCUUGACCGUUAUCUUUGUCUCUUACAUCUAUAUCCUCCCUGCCAUUCUGAGGAUCCACUCUCCUCAGAGCCGGAGAAAAGCCUUCUCCACCUGUGCCUCCCACCUGACGGUGGUCACAAUGUUUUACGGGGCAAUUUUGUUCACCUACCUGCGCCCCAGCUCCACCUAUGCAUUGGAUGAGAACAAAGCGGCCACGCUAUUUUAUACCAUCAUGACCCCCAUGAUGAACCCCUUGGUCUACAGCCUGAGGAACAGGGAGGUGAAGGCUGCCCUGAGAAGAGUGGCUGGAAGAAGGCUGUGA